AUGCGGGAAAGACACCCGGACGACAUGGCCAACUUGAUCGGACACGCCAUACCAGCCGCCUUCCUGCUGAUGACAUCCCUCUGGAUGGCGUGGAACAACCUCGUCCGAUGGCACCGAAGUCGGCUCGACCCCGCCGCGCCGCCGUUCCGGGCCGGGCUGCGAUUUCCCGCGCGCGGGAGGCAGGGCGUGGACGCGGGGUUCAUGGGCGUCUGCUGUCUCGUCGGGAUCGCGGCCGAUGCGGUCGUUCGCUAUUUCCAUACGGCACGAACUGAAUGGACAAUUAAAUUUUCCGACACUUCUGCAGUGGAAUGCGGAAAUGCACUGGACGAGAACUGGAAUUGGAUCUAUCCGGAAAAUUACCAGCACAUCACAGUGUUCUUCGCCUUCUUCCUCUUCUACCUGAUCGGGAUGCUGGCGGAUCGGGGAUACCCCGUUCUGCCGUCUGCGGAUGCCGUCUUCGGGCUGUUCGCCUUCCUCGUGGAAUGGGUCCUCUUCUCGUAUCAUACCGUCUUUUACAAGCAUCCCCUCGAAUUCCAAAUCCACGCUUUGCUGCUGGACGUGGUCAAAGGCGGAGUUGUAAUGGCGUUUCUGAUGAUAUGGGAAAAGCGCCACAUUCUUCCGGUGCUCGGCUUCGCGUACACGCUGCUGUUCCAAGGGACCUGGUUCCUCCAGAUCGGAGUUUUUAUCCAUUGGAAUCACGCCUGGGGCUGGAGCUUCGAGAGCGACCUGAACAUGACCAUCGCCAGCGUCGUCUUCAUCGCCCACCUGUUCUUCGACGCCGUGGUCGUUUUGGUGCUCAACGGGUUCGUCGAGACGAGUCUUCGCAGGGGAGAAUAUCGUGCGAAGGGCUCAGAGGAGAGGAAGAUCCUGAUAUCGCACGAAGAGGAGAAGGAGGAGAGAGGGAUCUUCAAGAAUCCGUUGAAAAGGGAGAAAUAACUUGGUUCUUUUGGCUGGUGAAGG